GUUCGAUUCGUUGUGAUCGGUGCUCUGCUGAUCAGCCUGUGUAUGUGGCUAACUAGCAGCUAGCUAGUUACGCAGUAGCAGUUCGGCGUCGGGCAGCUAAUAAAACAUUGGACCAAUGCCUUAGAAAACCAUUUUUCUCCGCAUCCCUCUGAUAAUAUGAAUGUUGUCCAUUGAUGUCAAUGGACGCUGUUCAUUAGAUUAACCGUGAAACACCGAUGUUAGCGUCAGACAUCUUAUUAUUUGCAGCGGCCACAUUUUCCGUUUUUGGCCGAGCUAGCUAACUAGGUAGCCUACCUCCUGUUAGCCUGUUAGCACGCCUGUGAUGGCUCAGCCGGAGAGCGACUGGAGAAAGGAAGCCUAAACUCUGCAUGGCGACGGACUGGCAGCAGUGGGAGUGAGCAGCCAAUCAGCCAAGGCCACCGGAAGAAUAAUGGCGUCCCGUCAGAGGAACUCGGUCCGGAUCCUGUCCAACCGGGAGCGAGGCUCCCAGACCUUUGGCUCGCAGCGGCUCCUGCAGCUGCUGGUGGAGGAGAAAGUCCGUUGGAUGAAAUGGCAGAGUCAGAAAGUGGAGCUGCCGGACAGCCCGCGGUCGACGUUCCUGCUGGCAUUCAGCCCCGACAGGACCCUUAUGGCUUCCACACAUGUCAACCACAAUAUUUACAUAACGGAGGUGAAGACUGGAAAGUGCCUACAUUCCUUAGUGGGCCACCGUAGAACCCCCUGGUGUGUGACCUUCCACCCCACAAUACCCGGCCUGGUGGCCUCCGGGUGCCUUGACGGCGAAGUCCGCAUCUGGGACCUGCAUGGUGGUAGUGAGAGUUGGUUUACAGAGAGCAAUGUUGCUAUUGCCUCCCUGGCCUUCCACCCCACUGCUCAGCUCCUCCUGAUCGCCACUAACAACGAGCUCCACUUCUGGGACUGGAGCCGACCGGAGCCCUUCGCUGUGGUCAAGACGGGCAGUGACACGGAGAGAGUGCGGUUGGUGAGGUUUGACCCUCUGGGUCACAACCUGCUGACAGCUAUAGUGAAUCCGUCCAAUCAGCAGAAUGAGGAGGACUCGGAGGUUCCUAUGGACAGUGUUGAGAUGCCCCACUUCCGUCAGCGCUCUUUCCUGCCUACCCAACCGGUUCGCCGCACACCCAUCCUCCACAACUUCCUCCACAUCUUGUCGUCUCGCUCCCCAGGGGCUCAGGCAGGAGGCGAGCAGCCACGCCCUCUCGGGGAAAAUGGAAGCAAUAUCGGAGAACCUCCCAGCAUGCCUCUGGCCCAGUACCCCAGCUCUGAACGUGGGCCUCCCUUCCCCGGCUGCACUCAGCACCUGGGCAUGGUUUGCCUGUGUAGUCGCUGCUCAGUCAAUCGCAACCCUUCCCUGACUGCCAACGGUUCCUCUGUGACCUCCUCUGAUCCCAGGGUGUCAUCUGAGUCUCCCCAGCCUCCCCCAGCUUCCACUUUCUCUUCGGCCCGUACGGAGCCCCGACAGCCCUCAGAACGACCCUCAGCCUUUACCUCAGUCUACUACAGCGCCGGCACUUCUCUUAAUCCCACCGCACCGAGCGGUAUCGAGCCGCACUCAGCCUCCAGACCAGGAUCCGACUGGACACGCAGCCUACUAAGCAUGAGGGAGGGAGGGGGCGGUCCAGGCAUGCUGCCUCCCAGAACCUCCUCCUCCUCCUCUAUCAGCCUUCUUUCAGUGCUCCGUCAGCAGGACGGCUCCUCUCACUCCCCUGUAUACACCUCCGCCACUGAAGGACGGGGUUUCCCCCAACAAGGAGAGCCUGGGGCCCGAGAUGCUGCCGGUACAAGCAGCGGGCACCACCCCUUCUGGGACGGCUCUCGCAGCAACACGGCCUCCUUCCGCAACGUGCUGCAGUGCAACCUGAGCCGCUACUUCAUGGAGUUUGACCGCAUGCAGGACCUGGAGCCGCCAUUAGGAGGUGGCAUGGUGGACGCAAGCCAGGAGCAGAGCCAAGAGUUGCUGAAUAAUAACAUGGACCCAGACAGACCUGGGCCUUCCACAUCUUCCUCCUCCUCCACCCCCACCAUCAUCCACUACCAGCCUCCUCUCCCUCCACCUCCUACCUCCCACAGCCUGGAGAACAAUGUUCCUCCCCCGGCCUCCCGAGGCCAUCUGAACCGCUGCCGGGCCUGCCACAACCUGCUGACCUUCAACCAUGACUCUCAGCGCUGGGAGCGCACCAACCAGGCCUCCUCCACCUCUGCCUCCACUCUGGAGCCCUCCUCUUCCUCUUCCUCCUUUCCUGCUUCCUCUUCCACUUGGCAGCCUGAAGAGAGCAGGAGGACACUAGAAGCCCAAACCCAAGAGAGGAGGCCGCCUCCGGAGCCCAGCGAGCAGCCGCCUCACCCCGGAGGUGGAGGAGCAGGAACAGUGGCCUUCCCGAUAGCCCCGUCCUCCAGCCAGCCUGGAGAGCAGACGGUGGGCUUGGUGUACAACCAGGACACGGCGCAGUGGGAGAGGGUGUACCGGCAGGCUGCUGCCGGACGAUCAGCAGAGCCACCGGAGGCCUUAAGCCAAGAAGUGCCUGUUGACCCCCCAGAUGAGGACUCCCUGAGGAGGCGACUGUUGGAAUCAUCUCUGUUAUCGUUGUCUCGCUAUGACAUGUCGGGAUCAAGAGACCACCCCAUUUACCCCGAUCCAGCCCGGCUUUCUCCAGCUGCUUACUACGCCCAGAGAAUGAUCCAGUAUCUCUCCAGACGGGACAGCAUUCGCCAGCGCUCGCUUCGUUACCAGCAGAACCGCCUGCGGGCCAUGUCGUCUUCGUCAGACAGCCCUGCCAGCAACCCGUCCAGCUCCAUGGACAACAGUGAUGUGGACUUUGAGGAGCUGGAUGAUAACGGAGACAGAGCCAGGCACAGGACACCACGUAACGCCAGGAUGUCUGCACCCUCGCUGGGCCGCUUUGUCCCACGGCGUUUCCUUCUCCCUGAGUACCUGCCCUACGCUGGAAUCUUCCAUGAGAGGGGGCAGCCCGGACUGGCCACACACUCCUCUGUCAACAGAGUACUCGCUGGGGCAUCGAUCGGGGACGGGCAGUCUGCUGUCGCCAGCAACAUCGCAAACACCACCUACCGUCUGCAGUGGUGGGACUUCACCAAAUUUGACCUGCCUGAGAUCAGCAACGCCUCAGUCAACGUGCUGGUGCCAAACUGUAAGAUCUACAACGAUGCGAGUUGCGACAUCUCUGCAGACGGUCAGCUGCUGGCUGUCUUCAUUCCCAGCAGCCAGCGGGGUUUUCCAGACGAGGGCAUCCUGGCCAUCUACUCUCUGGCUCCACACAACCUGGGAGAGAUGCUCUACACCAAGAGAUUCGGUCCCAAUGCCAUCUCUGUCAGUUUGUCUCCGAUGGGCUGCUAUGUGAUGGUGGGCCUGGCCUCUCGCAGGAUCCUGCUGCAUCCCACCACCGACCACAUGGUGGCGCAAGUCUUCCGCCUGCAACAGCCUCAUGGAGGAGAGACUUCUAUCAGGAUGGUGUUCAACGUGGUUUACCCCAUGGCUCCAGACCAGAGGCGCCACGUCAGUAUCAACUCGGCUCGCUGGCUGCCGGAUCCUGGGAUGGGUCUGGCUUAUGGAACCAAUAAGGGAGACCUGGUCAUCUGCCGGCCUGUGUUCUAUCGAAGCGAUGGUGAGAGCCCCGGAGAGUCCAGUAGUGAACCAUUAUUCUCCAUCAACAACAGUGGAACCAGCCGGACCCGUGGUUCUGACAGACCGGGGCCAAAUCGCUCUGGCUGGAGACUGGACCGAGACAUGGGAUUGAUGAACGCAAUUGGUCUUCAGCCCCGACAUCCUGCCCCUUCAGUCACAUCACAAGGAACCCAGACGCCAAUCAUCCAGCUUCAGAACGCCGAGACACAAACAGAGAGGGACCUGUCAGAGCCCAGCGUCUCCCAGCCACCACUCAAUGUCCCUCCUGAGACUCCAUCCACAAGUCGAGCAGCUCAGGGGCAGCUGGAGGCGUCUCAGAGUAGCAGAGCUCAGGACGACGUCCAGGGUGAAGCUUCAGCAGAGGCCAACGCAUCCACAGCUACUGGAGACUCUCCGGAGUUCGGUUCAGGUGAAGACGCUCUGGCACGAAUCCGCCGGCUGAUCGCGGAGGGUGGUAUGACGGCUGUAGUCCAGCGGGAGCAGAGUACCACCAUGGCCUCCAUGGGUGGCUUCGGAAACAACAUCAUCGUCAGCCACCGCAUCCACCGCGGCUCCCAGACGGGCACCGGGGCCUCCAGGCCCGCAGCUGACCCCUCCAUGACGGCUCCUUCCUCCUCCUCAGGUCCUAUCCUCAUCACUCAGCCGCAGACCCAGUCGUACCCCCCUCCCCAGGCCUCCAACCCAUCUGAACAGCUCGCUCCCAUGUGGGGCCCCCAGCCCUCGGGCCUCUCUCUGGCCGUGGACAUGGACGACGUGUUUGACGGAGAACGAGCGGACGAGGACUCCCUGCCGGGUCCCUCCUCUUCCUCCCUGCUGCUGUCUUCUCCCUCUUCUUCCUCCUCCUCCUCCUCCUCCUCUCACAGCCCCCUCCCCCGCGGGGGCGGGGGCGGCGGCCCAAACAGUUACCCCGGUGACCCGUACAGCAGGUAGUUCUCCUGUGGCCAAGAGAAGCAGAGCGUUGGCCGAUGGGAUUCGUAAAGGGUGCUCCUCAAAGCCUUAUCUCACAAAGAAAUAGGUGCUGCUUUGACUCUGUACAGGGUCUCCCGCCUGGAAAACAAGGGACACAAGAUCCCCACCUCACCCCUCCUCACCCGAAACCUCGAGUGGCAUUGGCGUGCACUUCCUCUGCACUUACAGAAACUGGACUGAAGCUGAACCGCGAUCAUUCCUCGUCAGAAAGGGCAUCUACUUGAACGGAGGCCAGUUACCGCUGAGCCCCUCUCCGCUCGUUUCUCUUUAAGUAUCAGCGUGAUGGAAGACAAGGUUCCUGUGUAUCAAAGUGCCAUGUCUGGGGGGCGGGGUGGGGCGGGCUGGGCGUGGUAUCUCUUUCUCACACACAUUUACUCCAACGUGCUGCAUUCGGUGCCAUGUGAUGUUGAAAUUUGAUGUGAAAUAGUGCGUGAUUGAAGUGUUCAAAAGUGAAUUCAGCACUACUUUAUUUUGAAGCCUGUUUUUGUACCGUGUGUAAUUAUGAUGUUUGAAAAGAAGAAAUCGUGUUGGAGGCUGCGUGUGCCUGAGGCUGGACUCUGUAUAUCGUGGCCUGCAGUUCAUGGAGGAUGUUACUGUGUCCCGCCAUGUAGAGAAUCAAUCAUCGAUGACUGAAUGGACAACUGAGACUGAAUGAACUGAAUCUACUGCAUGUCUUUUCAAUAAUGCUGCAGUUCAUGAAACAAAUACAUUGAUUUUUUUUUUUUUUUUUUUUGGCUGAAGAGGAGAAGAACUAUUUCCUGUUUGGGGUCGGGGGGGGGGGGUUAUCAUGACCUGCUCCAAACCCCCCAAAAUCCCUCACCCCUCUUAAAUACCCACACAACCCAGUUGCACUAUGGUGUGUUUGGUGCCAAGAGAGGCCCGAGAGUGUGUGUGUGAGUGAGUGUGUGUGUGUGUGUGUGUCUGUGAGUGUGUGAGAGAGACUGUCUGGAGCUGGCAGUAAAAGUUUUGUUUUUUCAAGCUGAAAAUACAGAACAGGACGUCUUCAAUCUCCAAAACCACAUUCGAAGCAACCACGUUUUUUUAGCAGAAAUUUAGUUGCAACCUUAAACUACUGUUCAUCUAAACUUAGUUUUUUCCUUUUUUCAAUGCUACUGUUCCAGGCAGCCGUUGGUUCCCAUUCAGUUCUUUUGAACUAUUGCCUGCCAGGGGCUACAGAUGAAAAUCAUCCUUUCUGGCUGAGUAUGUUCAGAAAUGUUACCUAAUAUGCACUGUCCCUUUCAACUAAGGUCAUAAAAGCUAAAAAAAAAAAAAAUAUAUAUAUAUAUAGCAUGAGAAUUAAUUCCCAGGCUUUAGAUAAUCCAUCACAGUGAGCAUCAUGUCUGUUUUAAUUAAUGUCGACAUUAUCGUUACCAUAACAAUAAAUACAGUACCGUGAAUGAUAAUGUAAGUUUGACAGAAAUUAAUGCUGAAGCUUAAGUUUCAAGACUUAAAGGAGGGAUUUUCAUAUGAUACAGAAAUAAGUGUAAACCAAUGGCUGCCUGGACCUGUAGGAAGAAUAGGUUCAAGGAUCAGUCUGGUGAUAUUUUACAUUUUCUUCUUAUCAAUAAAUCCCAUGUUCAGACUCAAACCAACAGUGUGUUGGUCCGUCUCUCAACACCGUCCCUCCUCUGUCUCUGGCCCUCAGCUCCGAGCCGAUUGGUUCCUACUGAGGACGUAAAGCUUUAAAAACACCUCAAAUAUAAAGUUUCACUUUUAAGAAAUUCUCAGUCAUUUUCCUCAAACAGCUGCUCACUGUUGUUUUUAAUCAGACAAA